GUUUAUUUUAUAUUGACGCCAUUUUUUAUUUUUUCUGGUGUUUUGUUUGUUAAGAUCGUUAAAUUGUGAGAAAAAAAUUAUGUAAAAAGGUUCUACGUUAAUUCGACUGCCUCCCAGUGUUAAUUUUUAACCAAGAAAAUUGGGAGCUUGAGAUUGGAAGCAAUUAGAAACACCUUUGAUGCCUUUACCAAAAGAAGGCACCCUACAUUGAGGAUUUAUUUAUUUUGGUGCUCCCAAUUAGAUGUAUUGAAAUGCAGAAUUAAUGCUGAUAGUCUUCACAAAAGAAAUUAUGAAUAGUGAUUUUUGGACGUUUAAACCCACUGCGCUACUAAUUAAUUACAGCAAUAAUAGGGUGCUAGUUUUGGUAACUUUUCCAAGUAUUUUAGCAUUUCCUGAAAACACAAGUAAUGCAGGAAAUUUGCAAUAAGUUGUAUGUAUUAGAAUUUAGCCUGAAAUGGGGGAUUAUGAGUUGUAUCAAGCAAUCAAAUCAUUUGAAUCUUCCUCAGAAGAUGAAUUGGAUUUCCAAAAAGGCGAUGUAUUUGAAGUAUCCAUACAAAGUCCGUUUGAAAACACACAAUCAAAUAGGCCAGGUUGGCUUUUUGCAUAUAGUAGGAGAACUAAUGAUGUUGGAUAUGUUCCAGUCGAAUGCGUCAAAUUACUGGGAUCCGAAGUCGGAAAAACCAUUCACCAUCCAUCGGCAUGCGGAGUAGAAUUUACUAAAUUGGGAAUGAACGUGAAGCUGAGCCACAAGUUAGAGGAUGUAUAUUUUCUAACUCCAAUUCUCUGCAAGCAUUGUAAAGACUACAUUUGGGGACAGGGAAGAGUCGGCGUAAAAUGUAAAGAUUGUCAUGCCUGUUUCCACAACUAUUGCGUCAGUUUUUAUCCAGAAUAUUUAUGCCAGAAAGACGCCGAUGCUCUUCCACCAGUUACCCUGGAUUACGACAAGCCAAUUUCCGAGUGGACUUGUUCGAAUGUCAUAGAAUGGAUGGCGGCUCUUAAUCUAUACACAUAUUCCGACGUCUUCAGAUGCAAGGAUAUCAAAGGUUCAGAUUUAAUAAAUCUCGACCGCGAUAAAUUAGUGGCUAUGGGCAUAAAGGAUGAAUUCCACCAAAAAGCGAUCCUAACGUGCAUCGACGAGCUCCUGAACAAAUCGGAAGAAAACCCCGGCUUCAGGACCGAGCAAGAAGAUGUGGACGCGUCCGGCAAGAAUUUCUUCCACAAUCUAGCCAGCCACAGCUUCAGCACGCUGGAGCGCUGCGACAAAUGCAACAAAUACCUGCGGGGCCUGCUCCACCAGGGUUUCCUCUGCCAAAACUGCGGCCUGGUGGCCCAUCGCACGUGCGCCGUCACCGGCCUCCCGUCGUGCACGCACCGUCCAAUGGAUGAGCGAUCGCAAUUCAUUCAGUUCAAGUCGUUCUUCGGCCAGGGGCUGUGCUGCCACUUCAAGCUCAGCGACAGCCCGGCGCCGGAGCUGCUCAUCAACUGCGCCGCCGAGCUCGAGAAGCGGGCCAAGGGCAACGACGCGCUCGAGCUGUACAACCUCUACUGCGCCACGCCGCCCUCCGACCAGCUGCAGUUCCUCGUCAAGAAGAUCGAGGAGAAUCCGAACGGCAUCAACCUCUCCGAAUUCAGUCCCGUGUGCAUAGCCAGCGUGUUCAAGAAGUACCUGCGAGAACUGCCGGAUCCGCUUAUUCCGGUACAAUGGUACGAUAAGUUCCUGGAGGCGUCGAAGAAGAGGAACGACGAAGAGUGCACUACCAUACUGAGGCAAUUGGUGGAAGAGCUGCCGGAUCACCACAAGUCCACUUUGAGAUUCAUUAUGGGACAUCUUUGCAGGAUUUGCCAAUUGGAGUACGCCAGGGGCAAUAAGAGCCCGCCGACUGUACUGAUACAAGUCAUGUGUCACAUUUUCCUGCGGCCUCCUUGGGAACGAAUUAUACAAGUCGUCUACAAUACGCAGGCACACAAUCGCAUCGUGGAGCUGUUGUUGCUCUAUUGCGAUUGGGGUGAAAAAUUGCCGGAGUUCGCCUCCGCGCCGGCGAUUCCGCCGAGGAAGGUGUCUCGAAUGGGCAGCAGCGCCUACUACAGCAUGCUGGAAGGCAACAAGGACAAGAGCGCCGCGGCGACGAGCCUCCAGGACGCCGAGUGGUAUUGGGGCGACAUCAAGCGCGAGGAAGUCAACGAGGUGUUGAACGACACGGUGGACGGGACGUUUUUGGUGCGGGACGCUUCGAGCAAAUGCGGCGAAUACACUCUGACGUUGAGGAAAGGCGGCGCGAACAAGUUGAUAAAAAUCUGCCACAGGAACGGCAUGUACGGCUUCACGGAACCUUACACUUUCCCAUCCGUCGUGGAUCUGAUCAAUCACUUUCGGAACGACUCACUCUCUCAGUACAACGCCUCUUUGGACAUCAAGUUGCUCUAUCCCGUGUCGAGGAACAACCAGGAGGAGGAGCUGGCCAAAAACGAGAAGAUCGAGAAGCUGGUGGAGAAGCUCGUGACUGUUAACAAGAAUUUGGCCGAGAAGAACAAGGUGUCCGAGACGGUUUCGAAGGAUUUCAAUGAAACGUCAACCGAAGUACAAACCAAAAGACAUGCCCUCGAUGCACUCAAAGAAUUAGUACAAGUAUUCAGGGAUCAGACUACGAUCCAAGAAAAAUUCCAAAGCGAGGCCCAGCCUCACGAAAUCAAAAACUUAGAAAUUAAUUCCGAAUUAUUAAAGAAACGGUUGGAUUUGAUGACCGAAAGCUGCGAGCAACUCGAGGAGAUACUGAAGCAGAAGGAGGCGUACAAGAAAGCGCUGGAGCGCGAACUGACCAGCCUGAAGCCGCAAAUACACAAUUUGGUCAGGGAACGGGACAAGCACAUCAGGUGGCUCCAACAGCGGGGUUUCUCGGUGGCGAAGAUCAACCAAAUCCUCAACCGCAACAGAGAGGAAACGUCCGAGGAGUGCGAAAUCGACACGGACACGUUGCCGCACAACGACGAGCACACCUGGCUGUUGUUGAAUUGCUCGCGCACCGAGGCCGAACGGCUGCUCGACGGCAAGCCGGACGGCACGUUCCUGGUGAGGAAGUCCAGGCAAAUGAACAAGUACGCGCUGUCCGUCGUGUGCAACGGCAGCACCAAUCAUUGCAUCAUCAACGAAACGGGCAAGGGUCUCGGCUUCACCGAACCCUACAACAUCUAUCCGACGCUGAAAGAUUUGGUGCUGCACUACGCCACGAAUUCGUUGGAGAUCCACAACGACCUUCUGAACACGGUCUUGGCCUAUCCGAUUCGGGCGUACAAUGAAAAUUGCCUCCACGAACGAGAAAAUUCUAUUUACGUUUCUUAAGAUGCGAGUUUUGUGAUAAUAUAAAGCUGCUGUGACUUUUUUUAUUCCCAUAUUAAAAUAUUGUGAUGGUGAUAAUUAUGAAGAAACAAACAAAAAACGAUUUUAACAAAUUUUUAUUAAACUAUGUAUUAUAUAUUAUAUAUACAUAAAAUUUAUAUUUACAUGACUGGUUUACGAUUGAAUGAACUGUUUUGCUUCGACACCAGGUUAAAAUGACUGUGAUAGUGUACUAAAGAUGAGUUUCACAUGUACUUAGAGUUUUGGUGGGAUAUGCGUCGGGAGGUGUGGAAAAACAAAAUUGUAUCUGCCAAAGCGAUAAAACAAAUUGUGUGGAAUGCUUGUUAAUAUUCCAGUGACCAUUUUGAGACGUUCAGCGACAGCUUGGCAAAUGCUCUCAUUUUACCAAAAUUUUUGUCCAUAAAUGAUGAAUCGGAUUUCCUUCCAACACAAUUCACUUUAGUACCGCUAGACUUACUUGUAGAGUACUAAAAUUUGUCUUGGAAUUUGUUGGAUUGGAAGGGAAUUAAAUCAGUAUUUAACUCCGUUUUAAUUGUAGGGAAACAAAACAUAAUGCAUGUAAAUUGUCCAUGCUGUGAUUGUUUGUAGCUGAAGUCUCGUUAUUUCUAGUGAUCUUGUACUAAUAAUCGAGUCAAUAAAAGUAUAUAGGAUAUUUCCAUUUAGUUUGGUUACCGACUUUAAUGUGCGAUAAAAAAACUGGAAUUUUAAAUUCAGUAACCUUGCUAGGUGAAAAUUUCAAUUUAUAUAUGCGGUGAUAUACACUGCAGAAUAUUUACCUGGUAUUUUAUUUGCUUAUUUUUUUAUAAAAGAAAAGCAUUCUAGAUAGAAUAAAUACAAAUUUUAUAUAUAUUUAUAUAUUAUGUAUACA